CAAACGUUUUUCGCGGUAGUUUUCACUGGUUUUCACCAUUUUCACGAUUUUUAUCAGCUGUAAAAGUGAUUUUAGAUUAAUUUAUUAACUAAGUAAUAUUGUUUUUUCAUACCGUUGAAUGUUCGAUUGAUAUUAUAUCGCACUUGGCUCAUUGAAUAAAAUAAAACAUGAGUGACGAUGAUGUUACGGUCAUGGAAGUAGAUGAGGUUGUGCCGAAACCCUCUAAAUCCACCGCCAAGCCUGCAAAAUCGACAGCGCACUUACCUUGGAUCGAAAAGUACCGCCCCCAAGUAUUCACUGAUAUUGUGGGGAAUGAAGAUACAGUGUCACGGCUGGCGGUGUUCGCGCGCACCGGCAACGCGCCCAACAUCAUCAUCGCCGGGCCGCCGGGCGUGGGCAAGACCACCACCAUCCUGUGCCUGGCGCGCGCGUUGCUGGGCGCUUCAUUCAAGGACGCCGUCUUGGAGCUGAACGCUUCCAACGACCGUGGCAUAGAUGUAGUCCGAAACAAGAUCAAGAUGUUUGCUCAACAGAAGGUGACCCUGCCUGCUGGGCGCCACAAGAUUGUGAUCUUGGACGAAGCAGACAGCAUGACGGAGGGCGCUCAGCAGGCUCUGCGGCGCACAAUGGAGCUUUACUCCAGCACUACUCGGUUUGCGCUGGCCGCCAACAACAGCGAGAAGAUCAUCGAGCCCAUCCAGUCCCGCUGCGCCGUGCUGCGCUACUCCAGGCUCACUGAUGCUCAGAUACUUGCCAAAGUCAUAGAAGUGUGCGAGAAGGAGCAGCUGUCGUACACGGAGGAGGGCGCGAGCGCGGUGGUGUUCACGGCGCAGGGCGACCUGCGCGCGGCGCUCAACAACCUGCAGGCCGCCGCGCACGGCGCCGGCCACGUCAGCGCCGACCGCGUGUUCCGCGUCUGCGACGAGCCGCACCCGCUGCUCGUGCGCACCAUGCUCGACCGCUGCGUCGCGCAGGACAUACACGCCGCUUACAAGAUAAUCGCGAAGCUGUGCAAGCUGGGCUACGCGACGGAGGACAUCGUGAGCAACAUCUUCCGCGUGUGCAAGACGCUGGAGGCGGGCGAGGACACGCGGCUGGCGCUCGUCCGCGAGGUCGGGCUGACGCACAUGCGCGUGGCGGACGGGCUGGCGUCGCCGCUGCAGCUGGCCGGGCUGCUGGCGCGCAUGUGCCGCGCCGCCGCGCCCGCCGCCGGCGCCGGUGCCGGCUGGUAAAACUCGAGCCGGAAGAAAAAAAACCCAUAAACUGUCCAAACUGAAACAUUAUUAUUAAUAAAGCCUGGUCCGUGAGCACGAUUAUGUUGCUGUCGC